ACUGCAGCUCUGGCUUAUUGCACUAUGAGGGCUAAACUUUCCUGGUAAGAGAACUGUCCUGAGGGUGGGACAAAAGAAACCAGGAAGUAUUUUAUAGUCAUACUGGUUUGACUUCAGUUCUUCACUGGUCUGCUUUGUUUUGUUUGGGUCUUAACUAUCUGGCGAGAGAGUUUGUUCACAUGAGUGCCAGGAAAGUUUUCACUAAUGAGCACAGUUCCAGUUGUAAAAACAUUUCUGCUCAGGGAGAUUGGGGUUCAACACAAAGUGCAUGCAGAGCUCUUGGCGCCGAACAGCACUCUAAUUUCCUGAGCGAGGCUGCAUGUGCUACAUCCACACUGCACCGUUCAAGAAGAUGUUUUUGUCAUUGGCUACCAUCAUCUCUGUUUUGGCUGCCAUUAUUCCAGCUGGCCGUGGUGGGAACGUUCUGGUAUUUCCACAUGACGGCAGCCACUGGGUGAACAUGAGGGUACUUGUUGAGGAGCUGCAUUCAAGGGGACACACUGUGACUGUCAUUCGGGUUGCAGACAGCUGGUACAUUAGUGAAGCGUCUCCACAUUACAAUACGGUCACAGUGGAUGUUGCUGGUGGUGCAAAUGAGGAUUUCUUUCGUCUCUUUGUCUCUGAAGUUAUUAAAAUCAAACGAGGCAAGGGGUCUGUGUGGGCCCGUUUUGCUUUAGACAUGGAGUUAAAAGACAAGUUCUUUGAAUUACACAGUAAAGUCUGUGAAGUGGUCACGUACAUAUUUGAAAAUAAAGAGUUAAUUAAGUCCUUCCAAGAUGCCAAGUAUGAUGCGGUUUUGACAGACCCUGCUAACGGAGGAGGAGUAAUGCUGGCUCACUACCUCGGAUUGCCGUUAGUGUUUAAUGCUCGAUGGACUGUUCAUGGCGAAGCCCAUUUUGCUAUUGCACCCUCUCCACUUUCCUACGUUCCACUUCCGCCUUCAGAAUUAACAGAUCGAAUGACUUUCUUUGAGAGGGUCAAAAACGUGUUUUUUUACACAAUGAGGAUGCAUCUGUACAAGCAGGUAGUUGGGCCACAUUAUUCUGCAUUGUCCAGCCGCUACUUUGGCCCAGAUGUGGACUACUUCUCCCUGUUCCAAGCUGCAGACCUGUGGCUCAUGAGAGUGGACUUUGUGUUUGAGUUCCCUCGCCCCACCAUGCCUAAUGUUGUCUAUAUGGGAGGGUUCCAGUGUAAACCUGCCGAACCUUUGCCUCAACACCUGGAGGAGUUUGUGCAGAGUUCUGGAGAGCACGGAGUCAUCAUCAUGUCUCUGGGGACUUUGAUUGGAGAGCUUCCCCAUGACCUGGCUGAUGAGAUCGCUGCAGCUUUUGCCAAAUUACCUCAGAAAGUCAUCUGGAGAUAUAAAGGUGACAGACCAGCCACACUGGGCAACAACACUUUACUAGUCGACUGGAUGCCACAGAAUGAUCUUUUAGGACAUCCAGAUAUUAAGCUAUUUGUAAGUCAUGGAGGAACAAAUGGAAUAUAUGAGGCUAUAUAUCAUGGAGUUCCAAUUGUAGGCAUUCCCAUUGUGUUCGAUCAAGCCGACAACCUCUCCAGACUGAGAGCAAAGGGCGUUGCCAAGGUUAUGGAUGUUUCUGAAUUGGAUAGGAAAUUGUUUCAGAAUGCCAUUCAGGAAGUCCUGAACGAGCCCUCCUACAGGACGAACAUGCAGAGACUCUCCAGGCUGCACCGAGAUCAGCCAAUGAAGCCGCUGGACACCGCCCUCUUCUGGAUAGAGUUUGUGAUGAGACACAAAGGUGCAGCUCACCUGAGGACAGAGUCCUACAGACUGCCCUGGUAUUCCUACCACUCUGUUGAUGUUGUAUUAUUUUUACUAUCAAUUGCACUACUUAUUUUGUUAUGUUUUAAUGGGUUAGUAUGCUCAUGCUGUAGAUUGUGUUUGAAAAGAAAAGUGAAAUCUGACUAACAAGGAAAGAUGGAUUGGUCGUUUUCAUACUGGUUAAUAUAUUGUUAUAGAACAAUCAGUUUGGCUGUGAUCAGAUGAUUAUAGAAAGGAGUCUAUGUUUUUUUAACUGUGCUUUGAGUUGACUGCAAGUUAUUAGAAAAAAAUCUAUGGUAAAAGAUAACAUUUAACAGCCAGUUUUGACUGCUAACUUGCAAAAGUCCAUCUGUCUGAUUACUUUGUCUAAAGUGGAGUCAUUUUAAUAGUUGAUAGAUGUAUGCAUGCAUCAGUUUAAGAUUUAUUUUUGGUUUUAAAGGGACAGUUCACCCCAAAAUUAAAAAUACAUAUUUUUCCUCUUACCUGUAGUGCUAUCUAUCUAUCUAGAUUGUUUUGGUGUGACUUGCUGAGUUUUGGAGAUAUCAGCCAUAGAGAUGUCUGCAUUUUUUAAUAUAAUUGGACUAUAUGGCACUUGGCUUGUGGUGCUCAAAGUGCCUAAAAAAUACAUUUGAAAAACUCAACAGCAAUGUCUCUUUUCAGAAAUCAUGACCUGGUUACUCAAGAUAAUCCACCGACCUUGUUGUAAGCAGUUUCAUGUAGGAACUAUUUUCUUUAUACCAAUAGUUUCUGGUUCCAGGUAAAAGGAAAAAUAUGUAUUUUUGAUUUUGGGGUGAACUAUCCUUUUAACCAAAUGAAAGUGUGAAAACUCACAGCCAAUGGAAACUACCUUAAGACUAGUAGACUAACUUGAUGAAAUCAGCCAAGAUACAAAUUUCAGCUCUCCUGUUUUCCUGUUUAAUACAUUAUGCUAAGAGCACACUGUCAAAUGAAGGAUCCUGAAAAAUAAAAAAAUUCUCACAAUGUCAAUAAAAAGUAAAACAAUGUGGAUUGUA